AUGGCGGAGGAAGAUAACAGCCGCCGCAAGUGGAAUCCUGGUGCCGGUCCAUAUCUCGGAGAAGUUUCUUCUCUAGCUUUCCUCAAUCUUCCUCAACAAAUUUCUUCAAUUCCUUAUCUUCUCGCUGGUUCUGGUUCGGAGAUUCUGCUAUACGAUUUGAGUUCCGGUGAGUUGAUUCGCUCGUUUCAAGUGUUCGAAGGAGUUCGCGUCCAUGGAACUGUUUGUAGCAGCAGCUUUGUUCGUUCGGAUGAUCGAUAUACGUAUAAACUUGUUGUAUUCGGAGAGAAGAGAGUGAAGAUUUUCUCAUUGAUUGUUGAAUUAACAUCGAGCCCUAGUGAAAUCUCCGUGAAUUUGGAGUUAUUUGAUUCUUUGCCCAGGCUUAGGAAUUGGGUUUUCGACGUUUGUUUCUUGCAGGACUCUACUGACUCAUUGGAAGAAGAACAUAAGCUUCUAGCUAUUGGAUGUAGUGAUAAUUCUAUCUGCAUUUGGGAUGUUAAGGAAUCGCGUAUGGCUUUUGAAAUUCAGUCACCUGAAAGGUGUUUAUUGUAUACUAUGCGACUAUGGGGCAACACUAUUUCGACUCUCCGCAUUGCUUCUGGCACUAUUUUCAAUGAGAUCAUUGUUUGGAGGGCAGCUGGUCUUGAUGGUGACAGCUUCGACCAUGAGCAUUUGCUUAGACUUACUGGACAUGAGGGUUCAAUAUUUCGCAUUGUUUGGUCUUUGGAUGGAUCAAAACUAGUCUCUGUCUCUGAUGAUCGUAGUGCUAGGAUAUGGGAAAUUGAUUCGCAGGAGGUCGUUGGCCCUGUGCUGUUUGGUCACAGUGUUAGGGUUUGGGACUGCUGCAUCUCAGACUCUUUGAUUGUCACUGCUGGUGAGGACUGCACGUGCCGUGUCUGGGGUGUGGAUGGUACACAGCUGGAAGUGAUUAAGGAACAUAUUGGAAGAGGCAUAUGGAGAUGUUUGUAUGAUCCGAACUCAUCCCUUCUUGUUACUGCUGGAUUUGACUCUGCAAUCAAAGUACAUCAAUUGCAUAAUUGUGGGUCUGAAACAUUGUUGGAUACUGUAGGAGUGCUUAACUCACAAGAUAAAGUGGAAUCUUUUUCGAGCUGCCUCCCAAAUUCAUCGCAGCAUACUGGUCUCAUGGACAGCAAGAGCGAGUAUGUACGGUGCUUGCAGUUCACGCAGGAAGAUACCAUGUAUGUGGCCACAAACCAUGGUUGCUUGUACCACGCAAUGUUAUUGUCAUCGGGAGAUGUAAGGUGGACCGAAUUAGUUCGCAUACCUGAAGAGGGGCCUAUUAUUACCAUGGAUGUCCUGCCUGGAGGAAAGGUACGCGAGUCUUGUGCAUUAGAUGAUUGGGUUGCUCUUGGAGAUGGCAAAGGGAAUAUGACAAUUGUUCGGGUUAUUGGUGAUAUGUAUAACCCACUUGCGGGCUCGAAUCAAAGUUGGAAGGCUAGCCCAGAGAGGCAACUUCUGGGGACCUUCUGGUGCAAAUCAUUAGGCUAUAGGUUUGUUUUUUCUUGCAAUCCUAGAGGACUAUUGAAGCUGUGGAAACUAUCUGGUCCUUUAGCUUCUGCUGCUUCUAGUGCUGUUGAAACUUAUGAUGUCUCCCUCUUGGCCGAAUUCUCCUCUUGUUUUGGAAUGCGGAUAAUGUGUGUAGAUGCAUCAGUGGAAGAUGAGGUGCUUGUCUGUGGAGAUUUACGUGGCAAUAUUACACUCUAUCCUCUGUCAAAAGACAUGCUGAACGGAGUUCCAAUUUCUUCAGAAUUGAAGAUACCUUCACUAAAUUAUUUCAAAGGUGCCCAUGGGAUCUCAACUGUUUCCAGUCUUUCAGUUGCUAGAUUAACUUCCAACAAAGCUGAAAUAUGCUCGACUGGAGGAGACGGUUGCAUAUGCUAUUUCGAAUAUGACAGAGAGAAGCAGACUUUAGAGUUUAUGGGUUUGAAACAAUUGAAAGAGUUGAACUUAGUUCAAUCUGUUUGUCAAGGGGUGCACUUUUCCAAAGACCAUCCAAAGAAUGAAUAUGCAGCCGGUUUUGCGUCAACAGAUUUUAUAAUCUGGAAUUUAACAGCUGAAACUAAGGUUGCACAAAUCUCUUGUGGUGGAUGGCGCCGUCCCCAUUCCUUUUAUCUCGGGGACAUCCCUGAGAGGCAAAACUGUUUUGCAUAUGUCAAGGAUGAUGUGAUUCAUAUUCAUAGACACUGGGUUGGAGCACAGAAGACCCAAGUCUUUCCUCUAAAUUUGCAUACACAAUUUCAUGGAAGAGAAUUACAUUCCUUAUGCUUCGUCUCUGCUGAUACAAAAGCUGGAUUUGAUUCUGAAGAACGUAAAAUAUCUGAUCGGUCUAGUUGGAUUGCAACAGGAUGUGAAGAUGGAUCUGUGAGAUUGACUAGGUAUGCAUCUGAGUUUGGAAAUUGGUCAACAUCAGAGCUAUUAGGAGAACAUGUUGGAGGCUCAGCUGUGAGAUCAGUUUGCUGCGUCUCGGACAUGCACAUGAUUGCUUCAGACAUACCUAACUUGCCAGAUGUGUGCGGACCAGACUCUGCAGUGGAUGAUAGUGAAAGUCCUCGCUUACUGAUUUCUGUUGGAGCCAAGCGUGUUGUAACCUCUUGGCUCCUAAGGAAUGGUAGACAAAAUAAAACAGGAGAAUUUUCUAUUAGUGAUAAUGGACACAAUAAAGCUUCCGCGGAAGUGUCGUCAGUGACGUUCCAGUGGCUUGCUACUGACAUGCCCACCAAAAGUUCUCAUCUAUGUAAAAAAAUCGAGAAACCGCCGAAACUGGAAGGGUUAGAAGAAGAUACUAGUGCUGAUGUCACAAAAUUAGGAUCCAGUUCGUACGAGCGAGAAAACUAUGAAGAUGACUGGAGAUACAUGGCUGCCACUGCAUUUCUUGUAAAAUGUGCUGGUUCCAGGUUAACUAUCUGUUUUAUCGGUGUGGCUUGCUCUGAUGCCACCCUUACAUUACGGGCCCUAGUCUUGCCACAUAGAUUAUGGUUUGAUGUUGCGUCUUUGGCUCCUCUGACAUCGCCAGUUCUUUCAUUACAACACGCCGUUGUACCUCUGCAUCCAGUACAUGAAGGUAAUAAUAAUACAUCAUCUAGUGAUGUUUAUCUUCUCAUCAGUGGAGCCACCGAUGGAAGUAUAGCUUUUUGGGAUGUAACCAAAUGUGUAGAAGCUUUUGUAAAGCAAGUAUCCAGCCUCCAUAUUGAGAAGUUCAUUGAUUGUCAGAAACGACCACGAACUGGAAGAGGAAGCCAAGGUGGUAGGAAAUGGAAACUAUUGGGCGCCAACAUGUCAAAGAGAACACAAGAAAGCUGCACCAACUCAGUUGGUGAAGCUGCAGAAGAAGAUCCAGCCACGUCUUUGGAACUCACGAAUGGCGUUCCUCAGGAAAAUGAUGGAAACGAAAGUACAGAUUCUCCACCCGAGACAAGUGAGAUAAAGCCUUCACAUGUCGUGAAGAAAGCUCAUCAAUCUGGGGUUAAUUGCCUUCACGUUUCUCGCUCGAGCAGUUGUCCAAGUGAUGGAAAUAGUUUGAUGUACAAUGUGAUUAGUGGAGGUGAUGACCAAGCCCUUCGUUGUCUUAGCUUCAGCAUCCUUAGUAAUCCUAGUCCAGCCAACAGAUCUGAAAUCAUGGAUCAAAACCAAACACCGAGUUACAGAAUCAAGCUCACAGACCGUGGAGGUAUUGGAUCAGCUCAUAGCUCUGCCAUUAAAGGCGUGUGGAUGGACGUGAACUGGGUGUUCUCAACAGGUCUUGAUCAGCGUGUAAGAUGUUGGUAUCUCGAAAAAGAUGGUGGUAAACUGAUUGAGCACGCUCAUAUAGUCAUCAGCGUACCCGAGCCAGAGGCGCUCGAUGCUAAAGCCAUUGAUGAAAACCGAUACCAAAUCGCUGUUGCGGGACGCGGGAUCCAAAUGGUUGAAUUCUCCUUUUAA